AGCAUAGGAAGGGCUGCAUUUGGCAGGCAGCCGUGUGCUCUGUUUGCACACACUGAUAAAUGUAGAGAACUUCUUCCAAGAGGUCAGAGCCAGCACUGUCUCAACUAUUUUGCCGGCUGAAUUGAAGGCUUCAUUCACUACAGCCUUUGGAUAUUUUAGGCUGUGCACCAUCAGCCUAUCCAGUUCAUCUUUACUAUCUGCCACAACAGAACUACCAAAGACCUUUCCUCAAGGUCUGAUGAGAUAAUAUUUGGUGUCAGAUCAGCACCAAGGCAGCAAUGUCUGAAGCCAAUAUUCAGGAGAAAGUCAAGGAAAAGAUCACUGCUGUUCGAACUGUGGUUCCAAACAGAAGUAACACUGAAAUUGUCCUGGUGCUCCAACACUUUGACAACAAAGUAGACAAAGCAGUGCAGGCCUUUGUGGAUGGCAGUGCACUGGAGGUAUUGAAAGAAUGGAACGUUCCAAGUAAAAAGAAGCACAAUAAGAAAAGGAAAAGGAAACCAAAACAGGUAAAUAGCCAAGUGAAGGAUGAGAAGGAGAGGCCCCAAAGACUGGGGGAGAACGCAGAUCUCCCCCUAUCGAAAGAUGGACUGAAUGGGUAUCACGGCAACAGCUGUGCAAACGAUGAUUCCUCAGUGGACUCCCUCAGCGAGAAGAUGGAAACUCUCCCCAGCAACGAGAAGGCAGCAACAAGCGCAGAGUUACAUGUGUUGAUGACUCAAGAGAAAACAGUUGUCCUCACUCAGAAAAAGGAGAAAGUGCCAUUGCAGCCAAUACCUCAGCCAGUGCAGGAUGCACAAAGAAGUCAGCCCAACAGACCCGCAGUGAACAAGGCAAAGCCAAAAGCAUUGGCUGGCUCCCAUCCCACUGUUCCUGGGUCUUCAUCACUGCCAGGAGACCUGGGGUCAAAUAAGAAAAGAGCAGGUACGAGCAUUGAAAAAUCCGUGAAGGACUUGCAACGAUGCACAGUCUCAUUGUCUAGAUACCAACUCCUGAUCAAAGAGGAAAUGGAUGUUUCAGUCAAGAAGAUCAAAGCUACCUUUGCAGAGUUGCAGACUUGCAUCAUGGAUCGGGAGGUAGCUUUGAUGACAGAAAUGGAUAAAGUCAAAAAGGAAGCUAUGGACAUCCUGGAAGCAAGGCAGAGGAGGGCUGAGGAACUCAAGAGAUUAACGGAUAAGGCCAUCCAGAUGUCUGAAUCCCAGCUUUCUGAACUCAGAGCCGAGAUUAAGCAAUUUGUAAGUGAACGCAAAUAUGAUGAGGAUCUGGGCAAGUCAGCUCGCUUCACUGGAAACAUCAGUAGCCUGGAGUCCCAAAUCCAGCUGCUUGGAGAAAUUUCACAUCCGAAGAAUAACUACUCCACAAGGUCCUCGUUGACUCCCUCGCAUCUGAAUCCUCAAAGUGAUUCCAGUAAUGUUCAUCCACUGUCAAGCUCUGUUAGUGCAUUGUCAUCCACUAGUCAUAAAGUAAUGGGCUCCAAGGACAGUUCGAACAUUCAGAAGGUGCCUGUACUCAGACAGAAUAAUCAACGCAAUGGCCCAUCGAGUCAAAGACGAGGUUUCUAUCCUCGGCCACAUGGUCAAAGGCUCAGCGAAGGCGGUUUUCCUGGAAGAUCUGAGGAUGGUAGGAAUAGGAGCAGAAAGGGGCCUCUGCAGGAGGGUUAUAAAAACCAACAUCAAAACAGCAAGCCUGGACAUCAGGGACCAACUCGCGAUACAAGCAAGCUGCUAGCAACAGAUUCCAAUGCUACUGUUCCACCAACUAAAAUCAACAUGCAAUCACGUACCACUGUGUCUGCAGUCCUAAGCAGCAGAGUUUCUCACUAUAGGUCAUGCCCUAUAAAACAAGAGACAUCUGGUGAAACCAAAGUUUUGUCAAUGCCUAAUAGAAUGACUGUGGUAGCCUAACUUAACUGAAUUCCAUUAUUUCUAGCCUCAGUUUGUUUGUAACCUAAAUUCAUCUUAUUCUUGUCACGCUCAAUUGAAAAAAAAAAAGAUUGUUUUUAAUUUUAUAUAUUCUUAUCUCAGAUAAAGAAACUUGUGAAAAUGAGCACUUUUGGCUGAAAUUGUUCAUAUUUUGCAUUUAUAAAACAAACUGUUUUAAAACUGUCUGAAAUUGCAGUAUUAAAUCAAUGAAGGUAAACAGCAAUGAUUUUGGUGAUAAGAGUAAUGAUCGUACUAAAAGGUUUCAUUUGGGAUGAAUUAUGUAGGGGGGGCUAUUGGUGUUGGGGGUGGAGGGAAGGUGUGUGUCGGAAGAGAUAAAUGGAACUGUAUAAUCAAUAAAUAAAAGUAUAAAACUUCAAAGAUAUAAUGUCCAGGCUGUACCUGAAGAAGAUGUGAUGCCAUGUUACCUGUUCGAAAAUUGUGCUGAUUGUGAAGCAACAAAUAAAGUUUUCAAGCAUCUACUUUGAUGAA